CGGGCGGCCUUCGGCGGCGGUGCGCUGGAGGGGCCCCGGCGCCCAACGCCCGGGGCUCCCGCCGCGGCGGCGAAUAAAGGAUGUGUUCCGGCGCGGCGCUGCGGCAGGAGUACCGGCGCUGCCUGGAGCGGGAGCUCCGGGGGGGCCGCGCCGGGGCCCCCUCCGACGCCUCCUUCGGGGAGACGCUCCGGCAGCGCCUGCGGGACGACCCGGCGCUGCUCCCGGCCCUGCAGGACGACGCCGGGGCUCUGCUGGCCAGCGGCCUGCGCGGCCGCCGCGACGCGGGGCAGGCGCUCCGGAGCCUGGCCGCUGCCUUCGAGGUGCUGGAGCUGGCGGCCCUCAACCUCUACCUCUUCCCCUGGCGCAAGGAGUUCGGCACCAUCAAGACCUUCUCGGGGGCGUACGUGCACCGGCUGCAAGCGGCGCUCCCCGAGGCCGAGCUCGUGCGGAGCUUCGGCCGGCUGGGCUACGUGAGGAGGGACGACCACCACCUCGCUGUCUCCCGGCCGCCCCCGGGGCCCGAGCUCGUUGCCACCGCCUGCGGCUUCUUCGCCUGCCGGCUGGAGUGCGAGAUCCUGGCGGAGAUGGUGCUGCGGCUGCAGCCGCGCCGCGUGCGCGCCCAAGACCUGCUCGAGGCGCGGCGGCUCGCCGGCGGCGUGGAGGCCUGCGUGGAGGCGCUGCAGCGCGACGCCGGCGACGGCUGCGGGGACGUCGUGGACCUGUACCGGGAGCCGCCGGCGGGCCCUGCCGAGACCAGCCCCGCGCGAGGCCGGCAGGAUGCGGCCCCCUUGCCGCUGCCCGGGUCCGGCCUGCGGGAGCGGAGUGCCAGGCUGUGGAGGGACCCGGCUGGGCCGCGGGGUGCUCAGGACGUGCCCAAAAGGGGCUGGGACCUCGCAGGACAGAGCGAGCUGGGGCAGGAGCCCCUCCCUGCCGAGGGCAACGCCAAUCCAGACACCUCCUCUCUCCUCUUCCUGGAGCAGGAGCUUGGCACGGCCAGCAGCUCCCGCGAUGCCGCGACUACGGGGAGCUCCUGCUGCUCCCCCCUUGCCCCCAUCCUGAGCUGGGCGGCAAACCGCCCCACGCAGGGCCCGGGCGGCAGGGCCGUGCCAGGGGAGCCCCAGCAGCCCCCAGCGAGCGGCAGGCCUGGGGAUUUGCCCCCCGCCGCCCCGCUGCCUGCCAGCGGGGAGGCACCGGAGCUGCCCUGCUACCAGCUGCACUCGUGCCUGCGCCGCGGCGCGUUGCCCUCGUACUGCUGCACCACGUGCCAGCAGCUCCACGCCGGCGCCUGCGCGGCCGUGCAGGCCUGCCGGACCCACCACCACGGCCAGGAGCUGCGUGGCGAGAAGCAGCAGCGCCUCUGGCUGCAGAGGACAGAAGUGGACAUGCUGCUGGCCGACGGCUCCGGCGCCCGGCCCUAGCUGGCAGCAAAGCUGCGGGACAGGGCUGCGGCCAGCUCCUGCCAGCCCGGCUUGAAGGGGAACUGCUGCUGGCCGCACUGCGUUUCCUGCGCAGCCGG